AUGACCAAACAUCAGAGGAUCGAUUUACCAGAAGUUAUGAUAGAGGAGAGUGAAGAGGAAUUUGAGGAGACCAAAGACAAAGAGGAGAAAAUGGAGACGAUUAUAAAGCUUGAGGAAAGUAAAUCAAAGCAGGCAAGUGCAGGUGGUCUGCAAGAAGCCCCACAAAGAGAAAGCGAAGCCAGAGCUGCACUGAAGAUGGACUUGAUGCAAGAACAAGCACGAGCAGAAAUAGCUCGUCUGCGAGAGAAGAGUCAGCACAUGAAGGCACAAGGGGAGAACUGCAAACUCCAGAGGGGUGAUGAGACUGGAGGCUCCCAGCAGCAGAGAGACAGAGAAGAAGUGAUCCGUCUAACUCAGGAAAACCAACGUCUGGCUUUUGAGAACAAGAAGCUAAAAUAUGAAGUUCAGAGUGCUCUGGAGUUUAGUGAGGACACUGUCAUCAACCUGAAUCAGAGAAAUGAUCAAAAUCACAAACUAGCUUCUGAGAAGAAGAGGCUACAAGAUGACCUUGAGGAGGCUCUGCACCUUGCUCAUGAGGCUAUCAUCUCCCUGGAGCAGGACACAGAUAAACUGGAACAGCUGAAACUGAAAGAACACCAACUGGCUUCUGAGAACAAGGAGCUACAAGACGAACUUCAGGGUGCUUUACAUGAGAUAAUCAUUGCUCAUCAGGCUGUCAUCUCCAAGCAGCAUAAGGAAACCGAUGAAGUUAUCCGCCUGAGACGGACAAUUUACAGAUUGGCUUCUGAGAAGAAGACGCUACAAGGUGAACUUGAGGGUGCUGUAUGUGAGAAAGACCUUGCUCAUCAAGCUUUCUUCUCCCAGCACCAGGAGGACACAGAUAAAGUGGACCUGCUGACCCAAGAAAAUCAUCAACUUGCUUCUGAGAUCCGGAGGCUACAAGGUGAACUUGAGGGUGCUGUAUGUGAGAAAGACCUUGCUCAUCAGGCUUUCAUCUCCCAGCACCAGGAGGACACAGCUAAACUGGACCACCUGUGUCAGAAAGUUAACAAAAUUGCUUCUGAGAGGAAGAGUCUACAGAGUGAACUUGAUGACGCGCUCCGUGAGAAGGACCUUGCUCAUCAGGCUGUCAUCUCCCAGCAGCAGGAGGACACAGCUAAACUGGACCAGCUGACCAAAGAAAAUCAUCAACUUGCUUCUGAGAUCAGGAGGCUACGAGGUGAACUUAAUGACGCUCUACGUGAGAAGGACCUUGCUCAUCAGGCUGUCAUCUCCCAGCAGCAGGAGGACACAGAUAAAGUGAACCGCCUGUGUCGGAAAGUUAACAAAAUUGCUUCUGAGAGGAAGAGUCUACAAAGUGAACUUGAUGACGCUCUACGUGAGAAGGACCUUGCUCAUCAGGAGGUCAUCUCCCAGCACCAGGAGGACACAGAUAAACUGGACCUGCUGACCAAAGAAAAUCAUCAACUUGCUUCUGAGAUCCAGAGGCUACAAGGUGAACUUGAGAGUGCUGUAUGUGAGAAAGACCUUGCUCAUCAGGCUGUCAUCUCCCAGCAGCAGGAGGACACAGAUAAAGUGAACCGCCUGUGUCGGAAAGUUAACAAAAUUGCUUCUGAGAGGAAGAGUCUACAGAGUGAACUUGAGGACGCGCUCCGUGAGAAGGACCUUGCUCAUCAGGCUUUCAUCUCCCAGCACCAGGACACAGCUAGACUGGACCAGCUUACUCAGGAAAAUCACCAGCUGGCUUCUGAGAACAAGAAGCUACAAUAUGAGCUUCAGGAUGCUCUAGGUGAGAGUCAGCUCGCUCGAAGUUACGGCCAGAAAGAAAGAGAAGCUCGCAUCAGACUCGAUGAAGACAUGAAGAACGCUAGAGAACAGAACUUUCGACUAUAUCGAAAAUACUUGAGGCUAAAAGACGCCUCAUCAGAUGCAGAGGAGAUGAUGCUAAGUAUGGAGAGCAAACCCAUCAGAGCUCCCUGUCAGCGACAUGAAGAAAUCAGGGAACAGAAAGAUGAUAUCACAUCCAAGAAUCCAGCUACGAUUGCUAAGCGCCAACAUACUGUCGGUACGUUCAAAGUAGAACAAUACGUUGACCCGAAGACUGUCAGUAAAGCCAGUGCAACGUUCCGGAGACAGUUGAACUUCUCCGGUCAAGAUGUCCAGCAGCCGGAGAUUGAGCUCGUUGAGAUGUCCCGUAAUAUCCGUGAGAAACAUGAGUUUCACAACCCACUUCUCGUCCUCAAGCUCUGGGUAGUCCUGGCCCUUCUCAGCCAGGAAGGCCUUGAUGGCAUCAAAGCAGCCAACAAACCGCUCCAAAACUUUUCCGCAGCUUAG